CGAUCGAAUCAGCUUUCUAGCGGGUUGGCUCAUUGAAAGUCCGUUCGAGAGUGAAACUAUCUCGCAUUAUAUUUGCCAGUGUGUAGCUUUUGUCCUUCCUUUGUCGAGCCCAGCCCACGAACUGUUCGUCCGGUUUCGAAAAUUCGAAACCAAAACAACCUAAAGACAUUUGUAUCCGAACCUGAACACCAUGUCGUCCUACUUUCGUCAACAAGCUCCGGCUCCACUCCGCACCGUGCAUCGCGACUACGAGUAUACGUCAGCAAUCAACGGAACAACUCCCACACCGACGUCGGCUUCGGCGCAUGGUGUAGUCCAGAACCAGUUUUACCGCACCAGGGCGCCGCCUCCAUCGCGGUCUCCCCGGAACGCUCGUGUCGAACCCGACGUAGACGCCGAGGAAGCCUUGCUAGAUCACGCUCAUUUACGAGAGCUGCACGAAGAGGCGGAGAAAAUGAAAGCACUUGGGAACAAACACAUGGCAGCACAGGAAUAUGCCAGAGCCUACAAUGCCUAUUCGGCGGCGCUUCAGCUCGCUCCGGUCGGACCCUCUUCCCACGUGUUUUUGUCGAAUCGAGCCGCCGCCUUAUUGAGUAUGAAACGGUACGAGGCCGCGGCCACGGACGCAAAACGAGCCAUAGCCGCGGUCGAAGCCUACGAAGAAGCGGUAGCCUACGAACCCGACAACGCCACCACGCUCACGUAUUUAGAAAAGGCCAGGGCCAAAGGUGAGCGCUACAACACUCGAGCCCGCGGCGACGACGGCUCCGUGGGGGGCGAUGCGUCGACUGCCUACUCCAUACAAAAUAGUGUUGCUACGGAUCACUACCAAAAGGGCGUCGUCGAGUCUGGUUAUAGAGGAAUUACCAAUCAAUCCGUUUUGAACGCAGCCGUCAAGUCGCCCAGGGAGAGAGCCACCGGGUCGUAUCGUGCCAGUCUUUCGCCAUCGUACCAGCAGUACGACAUGAACGAAGAUGACCCUGACUUUGAUGAAGCCCUGCGCAUUCAACAGCGCGCCGCUAAAUUCCUCACCAACAAGGCGUACAGGGCAGCUAUUGAAGAAUACACGGCGGCGUUGUUCUUGGUUCCUGACGACCCCAACCUUUCACCAGAAUUGCAUUUGGGUCGAGCGCACGCCUUGAACGGAUCACGACGGCACGAAUCCGCCAAAAACGACGCCCGUAUGGCUAUUCGGCUUAACCCUCAGCCCGCUGCCUUUUCGACAAUGGCCAAGUCACUAUUUUACAUGAAAGACUAUCGAGGUGCCGUUGAGGCCUUUGAGGAAUGCGUCAGGCAUCUACCUGCAGGCGAGACCCUUGGCAUGUUUGACAAAGCGUAUUUACAAAAAGCCCAGGCUGCUCUCGAUGAAGAAGAAUUCAGUUUGCGGAUGGCGGGAACUCCAACGCGCCAGCCAAAAACGCCUAUUCCCAAACUCCCCCCACCCCGUUUUGUUCCACGGGAACAAGCCAUGCAGUCAUCGCCACAAGUGCCUCCCAUGCCCAAACAGUGGCCUCAGCAAUCGUCGCUCGCCCCUUCCACCCUGCGUUGUGGACCGGAACGGCAGGUUUUCUUCUUGUCGGAAGGUCUAGGCAUCAAACUGAACCGCGGACCCGACGGUAUUGUACGGGUCUUGUCGGUGACUUCGAAUACUCCAGCGGCUCCGGUUGCCCGUAGAGGCAUUAUUGAAGCAGGUGACGUGGUUCGUGAAGCCGCUGGCGUCGACAUUCGUCGGCCUAUUACAAACAUUAUGUGGGGCGACACGGUCGCACUCAUCAAAAUGGCAGCCCGGCCAAUUGUGCUCGUCGUUGCGAAAGAAGUCUCCAAAGUGCCUUUGUCGGUAUUGGAAGAACAAAUGAAGGCCUUGUCGCCUUUUGGAUCGACAUCAACAAAAUUUGGUGGGAACCACGUUUACCGUCCGUCGAAAUCGAGUGGCGACGAGACAGUCCGGUAUGUCUUGGAAGAAUCCAUGGGUACGCCACUAGCUGCUGGUCUGCCAGGUGAGGAUAUAGUAGACGAGGAGGGCACGGGUGUAGAGAUAACUGAGGCUGGACCGUUGGAAGAAGAAGAUAUCGAAAGCAAUGAUGAGGAAGUUGAAUCCGACUCCGCUUCGGACGUAGCUGUUCUAGCCGGCGAACCUGAAAAAGAAGACGUUAGUGAUACUGUGGAUGCUUUAUUGGACGAAUUAGAGAAGAUGGAAGUGAGAAAAAGUAACUCGGAUGACGUGGAAGGCUCUGGUACACGCCGCAUGUCAGCCGCAGAUUAUGAGCUGGAAAUGCUGUGCACCGAGAUUGAAGCGACCAACUCGGAAAGGAAGUCAGUCGAAUCACCUCCGACAGUGGAUGCAAUGCCUCUUGAUGGCGAUGACGUGCCUCCGGAGCGUGCAGAUGAGGGGGAAGGAAAUGGGGGAGCUGCCAAGAGCCUAUCUUUACGUGAUCGAGAAGAGCAAAUGGUUGGAGGGGAGAUUCUUUUUGGCUCGGAAGCAAAUUUGUCUACCGGGAGCUGGGACAAUUUGCGUUGGAUGUCCUACUCGGGGUCCCGCAAAAUACGAUUUUGUCAGAUGAUUUAUCGCCUUCUCACUCCAGAAAAGAAGAACAUGUUUUGGGUGACAUCGGGUAGAGCAUAUGAGAAGCGGGGGCUAGCCAUUUAUGAAGAGCCGCGAUUAAUUCUGGUUCUGCGGAGGGUGGUAGAUAUGCAGGAGCUCCGACUACUUCUAGGUCUACCUGACAUCGCCGAAAUAGACAACCCAGACGUUGCUUUAACGCGUUAUUGGGUUGUCGAAAGUGCUGUGGACCCUGCGGUCAGCAGGCUACGUCUGUCUCCUCUCACAACUCCAACAUCAUGGGGAAGCGAACAAGCGGACACCAGGGAGAAAUCCUGUUUUGAACUUUUGUCGCCGGCGGAAUCGAUCAUGCUCUCGGCCGUACGAGUACGUGAAGGAAUCAAGAAGAAAGAACGAUCUUUCGUUGACAGUGGUGCUUUCCUGGAAACGACUGCAGUCGAAACCGCUCUCACAAAAGCUCUUUGUGAUGCUAACGACCACGCCGGUAAAAUUGGAUCUCUGGAUGUAGACAUGACGUGGAAGCACCAGGUUAUUUUGGGAACGCUUCACUCGAUUGUCCUCUCCGGAAAUCUUAAAGGAUUGGAGGAGGCAAUACAACGAUUGCGAGUUUCCGUGAAAGAUGGUAAUGGGUCAUCAAAAUUUCUUCCAACUCGUGUAGUCGACCCGCUUGAUGAGAACGGCCGCACUCCUUUGUACUAUGCUUGUACUUGUCGCAUGAGCACUGCUGUAGCAUGUCUUAUUAACUCUGGGGCAAGGAUAAACGUCAAGACAACGUCGGGCGGUAUGGCUUUGAGUCACAUUUGUGCAUCAAACCUCGACGAUAAGAGUCUUUCGAUUGUGCUUUCGGCGACACGUCCCUCUAGGCUUGAUCCGAACGAGCUUGACACCAUGGGAAGAACGCCGAUGUAUGUAGCCCUCGUCAACGGUCGUUCAGUGGCCGGAACACGAGAUGCCCGGGCUCUGAGUCGAUGUCUUGUCGCUUUGGCAGCAUGGGGUGGUCGGAUAAUUGUGACCGAAACGACUUCAUUAGCAAACCCGGUGAAAGUGUUAGCAUCUGAGUGGCGAUCAGAGGACCUUUCUGUACUUCUGGAUCAUAUUGGUUUCCGGUAUCCUCUUCGGAAGCCACAAUCCUCGGAUCUAUCACCGAUCGCGCUGUCUCUGGGUGCAUUCUAUAACUUUCCAAUACACAGUGCGUUGAUUUCUCUGCAUGGUCAGUUGGAAGCAGUAACUUGUCGAGACGAAGCUUCUUCGUAUACUGGCGUUCAGCGAACAAUCCGAACUCUCUUACUGAAAAGUUUCGAGCCCAAUGAGCGCUUGGAUUUUUGUCAAUCAACGAUGACCGCUGCUCCUGAGCUGGCAAAUUUCGCUGGUUUUACGCCCCUCCAAAUUCUCGCGGCUUCCGCUCUGCAGCUGGACGCGGUUGAGGCGCAGAUCGACGACGACAUCUACCUUAGUCUUGUUGCUUUGCUCGCUGAAGUUGGUGAGCUGCUGGUGAAGAACGGGGCUCGAAUAUCUCUUGAUGCGCCAUCGUUUAAGAGAAUACGUCGAAAUGCGUCUACCGAGGGUGUUACUACUAGCAAGAGUCAAAAGGGCGAUUCAGUUGUGGACGUUUAUCGCUCAUCUUUGAAAAUUGAUUCGAAUAAGAAAAUAACUAAGAUGCUGGGAGGCGCAGAAAGACUCUCACGGGCCCGCAAAGAGUUUAUGCAGCUAACAGCGGUGAAUGCUUCGCCGGAUAUGACCGUCAAUUUAAACCUUGGUGAUGCUUUGCCUCUGGAAGAUACCAGUGAAGCUGGUGGUAAUAACGAAAAGUCUUGCGCCAUUUGCUGGGUUGUUUUCGGCGCUCUCAUGAAUCGCAAGCACAAGUGUCGAGUCUCUCGACGUUAUAUCUGCGACGAAUGUUCCACCAAACGAAUUCUUUGCGAUGGUAAGGAAUACCGAUUAAGUGACGGUCAAUUUGCUUUGGCCAGAGCAGACGCCGACGAAGUUGCCAACGAGCGCUUGAAGCGGAGGGGGAAGCAGAUCGUAAUUCGUUGUUUGGGGGAAUCAUGGGAUCCGCAGCCAAAUUAUUUGGUACUGAAGGAGAACCGCAAACGCCGACUCAAUCGGACGAAGUGAAGGGGUUAAGCGAUUCGUUAGGACAAACACGUAACGCGUUGUUGGAACGCGGCGACAAAUUAGCGACACUGGACGACAAAUCAGCAAAAAUGGUGGACGCAAGCGCGGACUUUGCUCGAAUGGCGAAAGAGCUUCGCAAAAAGUCGGAAAAAUCAUGGUUCGGCUAAUGUGUCAGUGGCAAACGUGUGAAGUAUGUGAACUUUCUGUAAGCAUUCUAUAGUAGACCAUUGCACAUUUAUAUAGCUUCGAAACGU